AUGCGAGGCAUGAGCUUCUUCAUGGACGGCCGGUCUACGGCAGAGGCCUCGAGGCCCCUAGCAGCAGCAGUUGCAGCACCUGCUGCAGCAGCAGCAGCAGCAGCAGCAGCAGGUAAUGCUUCGUUUGCUGCGCAUACUGCUGUACCGCCGCAUGCGUUCACCAGAGCUGCUGCACCCUUUACAACCCCAGCAGCAGCAGCAGCAGCAGCAUUUCAUGCAGUUGCUGCAGCAGCAAUGCCGACAUCAGCAGCAACAAACCCAGCAGCAGCAGCAGCAAUGGCAACAGCACUAGCUGCAGCAGGAAGGCCUCUUGCUGCAGCAGCAGGUGCGCCUCAAGCUGCUGCUGCCCCCCUCCUGCAGCAGAACCAAGUCCCUUGCAUUGCGCUGCCGUCUGCUGCUACAGCAGCACCAGUCGUUUCUCCUGCUGCUGCUGCAGCUCCUGCUGCAGCAGCAGCAGCCCCAGCUGCUGCUGCAGCUCCUGCUGCUGCGGGGUCGUUACCUCCUGUUGGGGGGUCCCCGCGAGGAGCAGCGCCAGUUCCAGCCGGCCCCUAUGCAGCAGCACCAGCAGCAGCAGCAGCAGCAGCAGCAGUUUCAGCUCCUGGUGGAGCAGCAGCAGUACCUGCUGCAGCAUCUUCACAUCAAGCAGCACCAGCUGCACCAGCUGCAGCAGCAGCAGUUCCCGCAGCAGCAGCAGCACCAGCAGCAGCAGCAACGGGGGCUCGUAGUCAGUCGUCCGCCCCCGUCUAUGCUGCUGCAGCAUCAAGCCCCUGUCCAGCUGCUGCAGCUGCUCCUGCUGCAGCUCCUGCUGCAUCGAACAUAGCUGCUGCAGCUGCUGCAGCACCCGCAGCGGUUGCAGCAAAGGCAGCAGCACCACGGGGGUCCCGCGGUGGCGCCCGGGGGGUUCGUCGUGGGCGGGGUGCAGCAGCACCAGCAGCACCAGCAGCAGCAGCAGGAGCAGCAGCAGCAGCAGCACCAGCAGCAGCAACACAAGCAGCAGGAGAGAGGCCCCAGAGAGCACGCAGGGCCCCCAGGAUGUUUGAAGUCGAUGCAGCAGCAGACGAUAAACUGCUGAAGGUAGCUAUUGGGCGUUCUCUCCUCCCGUUUCAGCACCCCGAGUCUCCUGUGCAUGCAUCUGAGUUGCGUGAGCACGACAAGCUGCUGACGACGCAGGUGUUUGGUUGCUGCAACCCCAGCAUAGAUACAGUAGAAGCUGUAUACUGGAAGAGUGUAGAGAGCGGGGCCCCCCAGCUGACGGUGCACUAUGCCGCGGACCUUCGUACCAAUGAACUCGGCAGUGGGUUCCCUGUACCCCCUCCUGACCCUGCUGCUGCUGCUGCUGCUGCUGCUGCUGCUGGGGGAGGAGGAGGAGAGAGUUCUGUUGCUGCUACCACCGCCAGCAGCAACAGCAGCAACACCAGCAGCAACAGCACCGAAGCUAGCGUUGGGGGCAGCCCCCAGGAGCGGCAGCGGCACCCCCCCGACUGUAUAACAAAAACCGAGCCGCAGCCGCAGCCCGCUCCCCCCCCCUCCCAGCAGCAGCAGCAGCAGCAGCAGCAGCAGCAGCAGCAGGGAGAUGACUAUGACUAUGCAACUCACCCGUGGAACCUAGCGAGGCUUGCUCGUGUUGAGGGAUCGUUGCUGCGCCACUACCACCGAGACGUUCCCGGGGUCACCUCCCCCUGGCUGUUCAACUGCAACGAGGCGUGCAACUUCGCUCCGCCGCUGUGGCUGCAGUUCAACUGCAACGAGGCGUGCAACUUCGCUCCGCCGCUGUGGCUGCAGUGGGGGCAGAAAGCUAUACGCAGCUACCGGUAUAUGAGGUCUACCUGUAUUCCCUAUCAGCAGCUGGUGCUGCGUUCAGCUCUGCAGUGUUCUGGUGGUUUCUCAGCUCGUCAGCAGCUUGAGUUGUGUCGUGCUGUAGCUCGUUUGCUGCUGGAAGAAUAUACUGGGCGUUGUGCUGCAGCAGAACAGCAGCAACUUGCUGCUGCACCCAUGCAGCUUGCUGCUGGUCAACUUAACCUCGUAGAAGCAUUAGAUCCAGAUGUUAAAGGGUGGAGACAAGACCUAAGAAAACUUCUCUCUUCUCUCAGCAACCUGCUGGUGCCUCUACCCUAUGGGGAGGGGGAGGGGGGGGGGGCCCCCAAAGAUGAACUGCUGCAGCGUGCUGCUGAUGUGCUAGCACUACCCGUCAAGGACUGCAGCAGCUGCAAGGCUUGUUGUGCUCUUACUUGUGUCUCCUGUUGUCACCAAGAAGAAUAUGUUUGUUUGGAGUGUAUAGGCAGCCUCUCCUGCAGCUGCGCUCAGAGGGUCGUGCUCACGCGUUUCCCUCUCCCUACACUUCGUUUUAUAUAUCAGCACUGUCUAGACACCCUGAUGCUGCAGCAGCAGCAGCAGCAGCAGCAGCAGCAGGAGGGUGGAGAGACAGCGACUGCUGCUGCUGCUGAUGCGGGUAAGGAGGGUGUGUCUGUAUCUGUGUCUUCGGAUUUGCCUCUGAGUCCAGCAGUAGCAGCAGCAGCAGCAGAGGUUGCUGCUGUUGUUGGUGGGGUUGCAGUGAAAUGCCCGUCCCCAGGAGCAGAUGAAUUGGCCCCCCGCAAGAGGGGCCGCCCGCGUGCUGCUUCUCGGGGUGUAGGGGAGGUGAAGCGUCGCGGAGCAGGAGCAGCAGCAGCAGCAGCAGCAGCAGCAGAUGCUACAGCAGCAGGAGGUGCAGCACAGCAGCAGCAGAAACCUCUGCUGCAGGAGAUACAAGAAGACAGUCUGCUGCAGUCUGUACCCUCUAUGAGUGACCUCGUUGCUCUAGAGAACAAAGCGUAUAGGGGAGUUGAUUACUACGCAGUCAGCUACAACGAUGAAGCAGAACAGGAGCCGGAGCCGCAGCCUCCAUCACCUCCUGCUGCAAGCACUGCAGCUCUUGCUGCUGUUGCAGUUGAUCCCCUGCAGCAGCAGCAGCAGCAGCAAGACCAGCAGCAGCAGCAGCAGCAGCAGCUGUUGCAGUUGAUCCCCUGCAGCAGCAGCAGCAGCAGCAAGACCAGCAGCAGCAGCAGCAGCAGCAGCACCCUGCAGUCGCACAGUUACCUGCAGCAGACAAUCCAGCACUCCUCCACCAACUUGGCCUGCAGGGGUUUGCUGCUGCAGCGCUGCAGCAGCGCUCGCUGCAGCAGUCACAGGAGGCGCAGCAGCAGGAACUGA